UAAUAUUGAGUAAAAAUGAAGACUGAACAAAACUUCAAAUUCAACAAAUUUGCUGCUAAAAUAGCAAAGAAGAGAGAAAUUACAAGAAAGAUUCUAGCAAGGAAGCAGAAAAGAGGAAACCUGACCUUCUUGAUACGCAAUAAAACAUUGUCAAGGUUAGACUUUAAGGAGCAAACCAAGUCUGGAGUAUGCCUGAAAGACAUAUCACCUAGAGAAAUUCAAUAUGGAACUCCAAUGGCUAGAUACUCUGAUAAGAACUUCUCUAGUCCAGCUCUGAAGGUUAACAAUGAAAAUAUUGACCGUACUCAAAAAAGGAUGAAGGCUACAAGGCAAAGAAAGAAUGAGCUACCCCCACUACACUCUACUGCAGAGAAGAAGAAAAAUGCUAGACUAUCUCAAGGACAGAUUCAUCUUAAGUCUUUUGCAAGUUUUAAGAAUACUUCUUGCAAUGAAAAAGCUCCAGACUCUGAAAUAGAGAGUAAAAGAGACAGUGGGUUAGAAGAAUCCCACCGUCUUGAGAUAAAUAAUAACUUUGAAAAGGUGUCCACUGCAACCCCUAGCAAUACUAAGACUAAAACUACCAAGAGAAAUAGCGUGAAAGUACUGAUUCCUCUAUCAAGAAAGAAGACCCAUUACACUCAAACAAGUUCGAUGAAUAAAACUAAGAAAACUAAUUUACCUCAAUUGUCAGUCCAAAGUGAAUCGAAUCUGACCAUUAAAGAGGGUUCACUGGAGAAAGAUUCUCAUGAAGAUUCCAUAAUUAUGCUGAAAGAUCUCAUGAAGAAAGAAUUGGCUAAAGCAGAGAAAGAAAUUGAAUCCUUCGGUAAAGAAUUCGAAAACCUCGUUGAAAGUUGAAGAUACACCAUUAUACAGAAAUAUAAAAAAUUAGCUUGCGAGAUAUCGAAGAACAUUUUAAACCAGGAUCCUGAGUUGCUCAUCAAUUCAACUAAACAUGCAAGUAAAGACACGACUGAGUUGAUCAACCGCUUGAGUGCGUGUAUCCAGAACUGUCAGAGGGAUAGUAAUAACUUUGAGUAUCAGUUCAACUUCUUCAAAAAUCGUUUGAUCUCUGUAUAUAACACCGUUUUGUACAAAAUGCCAAAUAUUGAUUUAAAUAACUAUUUGAGUAAUUUUGAACAAGAACAAUCUCGAAAUGGUUUAAGAGAUAUGCUCCAGUCAAUGACUGGAGUUGUGUUCGAGAAUUCAGUGCCUCUCUCUGAAGACAACACACAGUUGAGCCUAUCUAAGCUGGAAAGCAUGGUCAACUCUUUAAGACUUUCGAAAAUAUUGGAAUCGAAUGAGCAGAAAUCCGAUUUCGCUUAUAAGAUCCUCAUCAAGAACAAUUAUGAAAAACUGAUCCCUCUUUGGGGCCAGAUGGUAGAAGAUCCUGAGGAUAUCUCUGCAGAAGAGUUUCAUGAGCAUUGUGAUAAGCAAGGCCCAAUUCUUAUUUUGGUUAAGACCACAAACGGCUGUAUAUUUGGAGGAGUCUCUCCCCAAGGAUUCGAUUCUAUUAACAAUUACUCCGGAUCCGAAUAUGCGUUCUUGUUUUCAUAUGCAACUCCAACAGGAAGGGAACCAAUUAUUUGCAAGAUUAAGCCCGAAAAAGCUUCCUUUGCUGUGAAGAACAAUGAAGCCAAGUAUAGCCCUGGCUUUGGGCAGUCUAAUAAAAGUGAUUUGUUUAUCAGCUUCAAGGACUUAUCAAAAAGUUAUAGCCAUAUCGGUUCAGUCUACGAAUUCCCAAAAGAGCUUGUCAAGGACGAAGAGGGUUACAACACUCCAGAGACUUUCUUUACUGGUUUGACCACAAAUUGGGGAAUUGAAAAUAUUGAGGUGUUCUCAAUCGGAGCGUAACGGUAAUUAUAAUCCCUAUUAAAUAUUUCACAAUA